AUGGCUGAGCCUUACGAAGACGGUUUCAUCGAGGAGCAGGAAGAGCAGGAGGAAGAACGCACAGAGGAAAAGAUCAUUAACGAAGAGUACAAAACGUGGAAGAAGAAUGCGCCUUUUCUUUAUGACAUGAUCCUCAGCACGGCGCUGGAAUGGCCGACUCUCACAACACAAUGGCUACCUGAUAAGCAGGAAGUGCCUGAUAAGCCCUAUUCGACUCACCGUCUCUUGAUCGGUACACACACCUCCAGCGAUGCGCAAAACUACCUGCAGAUCGCCCACGUCCAGCUCCCGAAUCCUACUGCCCCGAAUCCGGAUGAUUAUGAUGAGGAGAGAGGAGAGAUCGGCGGCUAUGGCGGCAGCUCCAAGAAGGCCCCGAUGGAGAUCAAAUUCAAUAUCGUUCAGAAGAUUGACCACAAAGGCGAGGUCAACAAGGCCCGGUACCAGCCUCAAAACCCCAAUGUGAUUGCCACGAUGUGUACGGAUGGCCGUGUUAUGAUCUGGGAUCGUUCAAAACACCCUAGUCUGCCCACUGGCACCGUGAAUCCGCAAAUGGAGCUUCUUGGUCACACAAAGGAAGGUUUCGGUCUUAGCUGGAGCCCUCACUCCCAGGGUCAUCUCGUCACAGGUAGUGAGGAUAAGACUGUGCGCCUUUGGGAUUUGACGACUUAUACCAAGGGCAACAAGGCCCUGAAGCCAGCUCGGACUUACACGCAUCACUCCUCCAUUGUAAACGAUGUUCAGUAUCACCCUCUUCACUCUUCGCUCAUCGGAACUGUCUCCGAUGACAUCACGCUCCAGAUUCUCGACAUUCGCCAGGCGGAGACCACCCGCGCCGCAGCAUCUGCCGAAGGUCAACACCGGGAUGCCAUCAACGCCAUUGCUUUCAAUCCUGCUGCGGAAACAGUCUUGGCAACUGGAUCAGCCGACAAGUCGAUUGGUCUUUGGGAUCUGCGAAACUUGAAGACCAAGCUUCAUGCUUUGGAGUGCCACAGUGAUUCGGUCACGUCGCUCUCUUGGCAUCCGUUUGAAGAAGCGGUGUUGGCCAGCGCCAGCUAUGACCGUAAGAUCAUGUUUUGGGAUCUCAGCCGGGCUGGCGAAGAACAGACCCCUGAGGACGCACAGGAUGGACCACCAGAGCUUCUCUUCAUGCAUGGUGGCCACACCAACCGUAUCUCUGAUUUCAGCUGGAACUUGAACGACCCAUGGGUUCUGUGCUCUGCUGCGGAAGAUAACCUGUUGCAAGUGUGGAAGGUUGCGGAUGCGAUUGUUGGAAAGGACUUGGACGACGUGCCGACGGAAGAGCUUGAGCCAUAA